GACAGUGCUUCGCGUCGCGUCGCGUCUCCAGGUGAUCAGCUCUAUGCACUCUUGCAUAGAGCGGCUAUGCGGUCUGGCACUGUCUGUCGGCAAACAUACAGUGUUUCACUUAUAGGAAAUGUCAAAUAAACCAGCGUCUGUUGUUUUAAUGGAAAGAGGCGAGUCCUGUUCUAGGGACGACUGACGAAAAUGAACGGAAUAGAUAAUUUGACCCGCAUUUGAGGAUAAAUCAUUCAUGCGGUCAUGGCUGGGCUGAUCAAGAAACAGAUCUUGAAACAUCUCUCCAGGUUUGCCAAGAACCUGUCCCCGGAUAAGAUCAAUCUGAGCACGCUCAAAGGGGAGGGUCAGCUGACCAACCUGGAGCUAGAUGAGGAGGUGCUGCAGAACAUGCUGGACCUGCCCACCUGGCUGGCCAUCAACAAGGUCUUCUGCAACAAGGCCGCCAUACGGAUCCCAUGGACCAAGCUGAAGACUCAUCCCAUAAGCUUGUCGUUGGAUAAGGUGGUGAUGGAGAUGAGCACCUGUGACGAGCCCCGCCCACCAAAUGGUCCGUCUCCCAUAGCAACAGCAUCAGGUCAAAGUGAAUAUGGUUUUGCGGAGAAGGUGGUGGAGGGCAUCUCUCUGUCCAUCAACUCCAUAGUGAUCCGGAUCAGUGCCAAGGCCUUCAACGCCUCCUUCGAGCUCUCCCAGCUACAGGUGUACAGCGUCAACACCAGCUGGGCCCAGAGCGACCUGAGAUUCACCAGGAUACAGGACCCAACCCGCGGGGAGAUGCUGACCUUUAAGGAGGUGAGCUGGCAGAUGAUCCGCAUCGAGGCGGACGCCAUCCAGAGCAGCGAGCAUGAGGUCCUGAGCGCGCCCAUCAGGCUCAUCACCAACCAAUCGAAGAUCCGAGUCACGCUCAAGAGACGGGUGAAGGACUGUAACGUGGUGGCUUCGAAGCUGAUUCUGAUCCUGGACGACCUGCUGUGGGUUCUGACGGACUCCCAGCUGAAGGCCAUGGUCCAGUACGCCAAGUCCCUGAGUGAAGCCAUGGAGAAGUCAACCCAGCAGCGCAAGAGCAUGGCCUCAGAGAACUCCGAGGUCGCAUCGCCGCCCCCUACAGCCCAGCAGGUGCGCGCGCAGCAGAGCUCGGCAGCAGCGGACCAGAACGCCACCAUGGCCCGCCUCUUCGCGCGUACGACGGUGUGCGAGACCUCGCACCACCUGCAGAUCACACACCUGGACCUACACAUCUGCGAUGACAUCCACACCAAGGACAGAGUGAUGAAUAAGGGCAUUACGGGCGGAGCCAUGCAGCUCUCCUUCAGCUCCAUCACCCUGGACUACUACCCCUUCCACAGGGCAGGCGAGAGCUGUCUGCACUGGAUGCACUACAGUGAGGCGACGAAGACGCGCGAGGGCUGGGCCCGCAACCUCCUCGAGGAGUUCCGCACCAACGUGGACCUGCUCAAGACCGCCCUCAAGGACCACCAGAGCACCAGCGACCAAUCACAGCGCUCCCCACAGCAUGGGAAAAUCUCCACCAGCUCCAGCACCAGCUUCUCUCCUCCACCCACGCCCCGCACCCAGCUCAUGUCCAGCUCCUUCGUCCUGCGCAUGGCCGACUUCAGCAUCUACCAGGUGUCCACUGCAGACCAGCGGCGCUCCAGCCCCAAGGCCAUGAUCUCCUGCAAUAAGAAGUCCCUGUACCUGCCGCAGGAGAUGCCCGCCAUCCACGCCGAGCUCACCGAGUACUACUUCCCCGAUGGCAAGGACUACCCCAUCCCGUGCCCUAACCUGUACGUCCAGCUGAAUGCGCUGCAGCUGGUGGUGGACCCGCGCAGCCUGGUGUGGCUCAACGUGUUUGCGCUGGACCUGCGUCAGAGCCUGGAGCAGUUCAUGCAGCUCUACAAGCUCAACGACUCGCAGAAGCCCGACGAGCACGUGGACAUCAGGGUGGACGGACUCAUGCUCAAGCUGGUGAUCCCAGCUGAGCUGGACCCCGACACCCCUCCGGAGCUCCCGCGGCAGCUGGCGGUGCAGACGUCCGAGAUGGUGGCCACCAACACGCGCCACUCGCCCCCCUGCACCCGCUCCAGCCUGGAGGCCCUGCUGCAGGCCUUCCAGGAGGAGUCCUUCUUCACCUCCUCUUCCUCCUCCUCUUCUUCCUCCUCUUCCUCCUCCUCCUCCUCCAAUCCCCUCUUCCCGCGUUCGUCCGACGCCUUCCGCGUCCUGCACUCGGUCUUCCAGCGGCACGCGCACGAGCGCGACACGCGCCUCCACGAGGUCUACCGCCGGGAGGUGGCGCCCUCGCUGUCGGCCGACGCGCUCAAGGCGCCGGCCGCCACCGACGUGUGGGCCGUCAACUUCUCGCAGUUCUGGGCCGACUUCGAGGGCGCGCGGUCGGCGCGCGCCGGGUCCGGCUCGGGCUCGGGCCGCAGCCGGCCCACGCCCUUCGUGGACUCUUUCCCGCUGGCCAUGUGGGUGUGCCAGCCGGCGCGCCACGCCCAGCACACGCAGAGGCUCAAGGCCGCCGCCGCGGCGAUGGCCUCCGACCCCGCCGACCCGGCGCGCCUGCAGCGGAAGCGGAUGCUCAAGGAGUACUACAGCAUGGAGGCCGCUGCUUCGGCGUCGCCGGGCAACGCAGCAUCAGCACCCUCAUCCUCCUCCUCGCCUGGCAACGGCCUGCGUAAGCCAUGUUCGCUGGACAGUCUCGGAGCAGACUCGUCCUCAUCCUCCUCCUCCUCCUCCUCUUCCUCCUCCUCGCCUGCGCAGCCGGACGUGCAGGUGCUGGUGCAGGUGCAGAAGGCCGUGAGCGCGCAGCUCAACCACCCGCAGUACGUCUUCCUCAUGCGCCUCCAGCGCACCAUGAAGCAGCUGCAGCAGACCCUGCAGCAGGACAUGGAGCGCAUCCGCAGCAGCGCCAACGCCAGCGCCGGCGCCACCCACAGGCAGAGCACGCAACAGCAGGAGCAGGGUGACCCGUCCCCAUUCAGCAUGUGUGUGGGCGUUCUGAUGAAGAGUGCCGAAGUGUCUCUGCUCCUGAAGCCCGUGCCUGACCCCAACCCCCCCAGCACGGGUGCGGCCAGCCCGCUCGGCUCCGACCUCUCGCCCUCCGACAGCCGCGGCAGCAUCGAGGGGGCGGACAGGCCUUCGAACGGGGCGUCGGCGGCCAAGCCCUCCUCCUGCACGGUGGAGCAGCUCCUCUGCGCACCGGCCAGCGACGGAAUGCAGGCGCCUCUCCUCCCUCCUCCUCCUCCUCAGCCUUCAUCGUCCUCCACCUCGCCGGCGGGCAGGAAGGCCUCGCUGGAGGAGCGGCGGACGAGCCUCGGAGCCACCGUGAGGCGCUCCAGCGCAGAGGACCAGAGAGAGGCGGCCAUGGAGCCCGUGCUGGAGGGUCAGGGGCCCGCGGCUGAGGGCAAGGCCCAGCAGGGUGAACCCUCAGGGGACACGCUGGGGCCACUGGACCCCCUGAGUGACCCGCUCUCCAAGGACUGGAACGAGAACAAGGACAAAGGCCGUAUGCCCCAGUCCAUGUCCAGUGGCAGGCUGAUGAGGGAUCGAUCCCAAUCCAGUUUCGCCGUGUCGUACAAGAACAUGAAGAAGAGUCCAUCUCUCCAGUCGCUGGACAACAUCUCCAUAGACAGCUACAUGAUGGAGGAUGGCGACGCCUACAGCCUGUUGGAGAGAGAUGAUGUGUCCAUGUCGGGCUUCAAAGACGCUUUGAGCGAGCACAGCACAGCGGAGAGUGCCAGCGAGGCGAUGGUGCCCGCUGCAGAUGGCGGCGUCUCGCCUGAUGCCGUCAGUGCCACCUCGCAGAGCAUCGAUGAGCCCACCAAAGACUUGGUGUCGGUUCUGGUUCUGAAGGUGAACUCGGUGUGCGGUUCUCUGGACGUGCGGGGGGAGAACACGGCGGUGGCUCUGGAGGUCGGGCAGGUGCGGCCCAAUCAGCUGGGCAACGUCAGCCUGAGGCAGUAUCUCAGUAACCGCAGCCUCGGGUUUGUUUCUUCGUCAGCAGUACCUGUGACUGCUGAAGCAAGAAGAGGUUCCGGUUCCGAGGCCAACUCCGGGCAGGGUCGGUCACGGCCGGAGGUGCAGGUGCGUCUGGAGUCCGGUCCGAGCGCCGCCGCCCACUCGCCGCUGUCCGAGCACAACGGCUUCCUGCAGUGCCGUCUGCACGCGCUCAGUGCCGACCUGCUCAUGUCCACGCUACAGAACCUGGGUCACUUCACGGAGGACAGCUCCGAGUCACAGGUGUUGCCCAUGGAGAUCAGCGUCAAGGACAUCCACGUCAACCUGAAGGAUGACGGUCCUCGUGAGAACCCGUCAGACCCUGAACCGACGCCCAUCGCUCUGCACAUUGACAACCUGCUCAUCCAUCGUAAAGAUGACGGCUCCUUCAGCAUCGGACUGAAUCGUACUGCAGAGACAGCUCCUCCGAAAACAGCCCCUUUGAUUGACAGCAAGCUAAGCUCUGUCCCUGAGCUUCCCGUGGGUGUGCCCAGUGAACAGAAAGCCACUCAGACCAAUCCCAUGUCUCCUACUAGCUACGCCCCUUCCAAUACAGAAAAGAUGCUAAUUGACGAAAACGAGUGCUUGAAACUGGAGCUCUCCAGAGCCAAGAUGGCGUUGGCAGAGGCCCAGAUGGAGAAGGACUCCUUGCUGCACCACAUGAAGAACAUGAAACUAGCAUCCGGAGGAGGCACCAGCUAGUGACUUGUGUUGAGGUCGGGGACGGGUUUGGGGUGGAGAUUGCAAAGCUUGUGUGGGUGCCGACCAGCACCGGCAACCCGGGGGACGUGAGUGAGAGAGAGAGAGAGAGAGAGAGAGAGAGAGAACCGGUUCCAACCAUCGGGACCGAGGCAGAACUUUCAGGCCCGCCCCCCGUCUGUUGCGGUCAUCGGUCUACACUCUGAGCCAGACUGGUCCGUGUAUCUGCUGGGUGGUUCUGUGUGUUUCACCCUAGAAGAAAAGAAACCAGGGGGGAGAUGGUUGGUGCUGCACUGUCCCAUCUGGCCCUGUGCUCUCCCAGAGGAGUGCCGUCUGCUGCCCCCUAUGGGUCCCCACAAGUAGUACUUAAUUUGGACACUUGAUUUUGUUCUUUUUUUUUCUGUGGUAGUAUUUGCAGUUUGUGAGCUUUUAUUUCUCCUGCUGUACAGUAGGGGGAAGGGA